AUGAAACAAGUUCGAUUGCCUUUUUAACAAAAAUCUCCUAGGGAUAUUGGUUUUUAUAAAUAGUGCUAAAGAUUUUAACCUAAAGAGCGAUCUCCUUAGCCAAAUGAAUAGGAUGCUUCUGUUUAUGCUCAACUUCGUAAAUCAGGAUUAGUUAAAGAUAAAGCUUUAAAAUAUUGUUUAACAGAUCAUUGUAGAAUAGAUGCUUCAUUAACAAAAUACGGACCUCCUAAUUAUAAAAUAUUUUCAAAUUCUUUAGAUAAAAAAUAAAUAAUUCAAGGUUGGCAAAUGGUAGGAAAACCUAAGGAAUAAAAUUAUGAAAAAUUUAUAAAGGCAAAAGAAGAUGAUGGAUUGAUGGAAUUAUAAAAUAAAGAAGAGUAAAUUAAAUUUGAAAGAUUAAAAGAUUAUUUUAUAGGAUUAAGCAAAUCUAAUAAAAAAGUUGAACUUCCUAAAUUUUAAAUGGGAAAUGGAAAAGAACAUUAUUUUGAAUUAGCAGAUUAUUAUUAACAAAUUAAACCUUUAUCAAGAACAUUAAUUACUGAUACGGAAUCCUUUGAUGAUAUCAUUCCUAAAUAAAGAAGAAAAGAAUUUAGAAUUGAACCAAAAGUUGAUAGAUCGACUUUAAGAAGAACCGAAGAAGAAAAAGGAGUUAUAUAAAGAUUAAAGAUACUAAACUAAUUAAUAAAAACCUAUAAAGAAGCAAAGAGAGCUGAUGAUCCUUCUAUUGAAAUAGUAUUUUAAUAACUUAUUAAGGUUUUAGAUCAUAAUCAUACAAAAUUUAAUCAAGAUAGUUUUACUUAAGGAAUAGAUAGUCUUACUAUCAUUAAAGAAUAUUCUAAUAAUAAUGAAUAUUAUAAUGAAGGAAGUGAUAGUUCCAGAAAAAGAUGUAGUAUAAUUACUCGCAAAUACUCAAAAAUUACACCAAAUGAUACGUAUAAAAAAAAUUAAGUCGUACAAUAGAAAUUAGAUUUAUUUGUAUCAAAAGCUUUAGGUAGAAUCAAUUGUUAAUUUAAUGGAAGUCUUUUUGGUAGAGAUUUUAAAAACUCCUGA